AUCCGAUUUAGAUUGGCGACUGACAGAUAAACAAUACUUGUGUUGGUUGCAGUCCAUGUUUAAAAAUUUGCUUGAAAAUCCUGCUCUUCUGAUACUUCAAGUUCUUUUUGACUAUGUAGUUUCAAUUGGAUAUCAAAUUCUAAAACGUUAGCAACAGAUUUGACUGCCAAAAAUGUCAAUACCUUCACAAGCGUCUAGCCUUAUUGGACAGCGACCAUUUGUCCAGAGACUUCCUAGACAACAUGCAUCGGAAGUACGGAGAGCAAUGUCAUCAGCUAGUCAGAUGAGUGAUGGCUACCAAACAAGCCGAACUGUCUCAUAUGCUGGCAGUAUACAGAGUGCCCAUUCUGUCACAUGGAAUGAAGUACUUGAACCAUUGGAUUAUGAAGAUGUCAUGAAUGAACAUGCAAGUGACCCAGAUCCGUUGAAACUUGUUCUCAGCUUUCCUCUGGAUGAUCUACAAAUCUAUCUGCUCCCACGACCGUGGAGGACACUACAACCAAUAACACCACCUGAGCCAUUGGAAACAUUAAACUCUCAUGUAAGAGAUUGUGUACGCUGUUAUACUUCACCAUGGCUGAUUGUUCAACAUAGAUACCAAGAGUACAGCAGUGGAAGCCUUGCACGUCAAGCAGCUAGUCGUCUUAAUGCUUUGGCGUCUACCCCGCGUCAGGAGUUUGAAAUAGAUGGAGAAAAUGAUGGCAAUUUAAAUUGUGAAAAUGAGAAUAAUUUGAUAGAUUCUUUGUCGACAAAGGCCAGUUCCAUUCGUAGCUCAAACUCUGUGUCGGAUACCCCACGUGGUAGCUGGGCAACUUUUGAUCUGCGGCAAACAGCUAGUGAUCCUCCACUUCCAGGGUUACUAGACCGUUUAGCUCCUGAUGUAAUAGAUAAUGUAAACAAACUUCGAAGAUCCGAACUACAGUUGGAUACAUUAUUUGCUUUAUAUCCACCUCAAGAUGACGAAGAUAUAAUUGAACGGCGAUGCCAGCCUGAUAUGCCGAUUGAGCAUUUGGGACAUCGAAUUUUAGUGAAAUGCACUCAACUCCAGCUUGAACUAGAAAUUGAACCAAUUUAUGCAUCUAUGGCGUUGUACGAUGCCAAAGAGAAGAAAAAAAUAUCAGAGAACUUUUAUUUUGAUUUAAAUUCGGAUUCUAUCAAGCAUAUGUUGGCUACCCAUAUCCCUUUCCAAGAUGUUAGCACCCUGAGUCGUUCCUGCACGUUCAGUACAACAUAUCCAUCAACGGAUCUAUUUCUUGUUGUCAAGCUUGAAAAAGUUCUUCAGGGCGAUAUAAAUGAAUGUACCGAACCAUACAUUAAAGAUGAUAAGAACCGAGAAAAGGUGAAAGCAAAUGCCGUAGCUUGCUGCGAAAGACUUGGAAGGUACAGGAUGCCCUUUGCUUGGACAGGAAUUCAUUUACAUAGCAUACUCCAUGGAGCUGGGAAUAGUGAUCGUGAAAAGGAUAAAACAAAUGAACGUGAUUCGAAUGAAGCAGUUCCACCAUCGGGAGCGAACAGUUUGGAUCGCAAAAAUAGCACAAGUAGUUUCGAUCAAUUCCGGAGAAAAACUGGUGUUGACACAGGAUCAGGGUCCUGGUCUCGACGAGGAUCUUUGGAAAGACGCGGCACCGGUGGAUCCCACGAUAAACGAAGUAGCUGGUCAUCCACAGGAGAUGAAGCUGGACUGAGCCUCGAUAACUUUCGACCCGUCACUCUCACCGUCUCCAGUUUCUUCAAACAGGAGGGAGAUCGGCUUAGAGAUGACGAUUUGUACAAAUAUCUUCAUGAACUACGGAGGUCUAACAAUGCAUUGAAAAGGUUGAAAUGCAUACCAGGCACAUUAAAACUUGAAGUUUCACCUUGUCCUGAAGAAAACAAAUGUUCAUUGACUCCAGAGUUAGCUAAGCUACAUCCUUAUCCUGACGACAAAAUAAGGCCUACAAAAGAGCUGAUAGAGUUUCCACCAAGAGAGGUCUAUACGCCGUUUUACACAUACCGCAAUUUGCUUUAUGUUUAUCCGAAAAAUUUGAACUUCGCGAAUAGAGGAUCGGCCCGAAAUAUUUCUGUGAGGAUACAGUUUAUGUGUGGAGAACAAGAAACCCACGCAAUGCCUGUCAUUUUUGGUAAAUCAUCUUGUGCCGAAUUUUCUUCUGAUUACUUCACCGCCGUCACUUAUCACAACAAGUGCCCUGAUUUUUAUGACGAAAUAAAAAUAAAAUUACCCGCGAACCUGAAGGAUUGUCAUCAUCUGCUGUUCACCUUUUACCAUGUUUCGUGCCAACGAAAAGUUGAGCAAACGGCUGUAGAAACCAUUGUUGGAUAUUCGUGGCUACCAAUGCUUAAAGAUGGUAGCCUACAAACGGGAGAAUUCUCUCUUCCAGUAAUGUUGGAUCCUCCUCCAUCAAACUACCUUUACAUUCACCCUGAAGUAAUGUUACCGGGGACGCGUUGGGUAGACAACCAUAAAGGAAUUUUUAACAUUGUCAUCGAAGCUGUUACGUCAAUUCACACCUUGGAUCGCCAUCUAGAUCGUUUUUUAAAUAUUUGUUCUGCCUUGGAAGAGAAUCGUGUUGUACCUCAUAUCGGGGAAGCCAAUAUGGAAGCCAGUUUGAAACAAAGCAUUGGCGAUUUGAACAAUUCAAAAACCGAACAAAUGGUCAAAUUUCUCCCUUUGAUACUCGAAAAGUUGAUUGGACUCAUUGUCUCUCCUCCUCUUUUGAAUGGCCAGCUGCUCAAAUGUGCCGGGGUAGCUUUUGAUUGCCUUGUUGCAAUCGUUGGCACAUUCACAGAAAUUCUAGAUCAUUUAAAUGAUCCACAUGGGAGAAACAGUUUGUUAGCCACAUAUGUUCAUUUUCAAGCAUGUGUUCCGCAAGAAAACCGCGUUUAUUGUCCCCCUCAGCAUCGCCCUCUCUCAUUACCUCCACAACGGAAGCAUAACAGGAGGAUCAGCCAGCCAGAAGUUCAUCUGAACGUUGAAAACGUUGGAUUAGAUGCUGAAAUUAACAGCUGUCUGAAAGGAGUCGAUAGAGCCAAUUAUGCGAAAGUCGGAAAUGAUUUUACAUCUACAGCUUGGUCCGGUCAGCGUAAACUUCUUCACGAAGAAAUUGCUCUUCUUUGGGCUAUGUCUACAAACGCAUCUCGAGAUGUGGUUUUCUCAAACGCAUGGUUCUUUUUUGAGCUGAUGGUGAAAAGUAUGGUGGAGUACUUGGGUUCAACACAGAAGUUAGAUUCUCCACGGAAGCAAAGAUUUCCGGAGCGUUUCUUAGAAGACAUAGGGCGGUUAGUAUCAUUGGUUACCGCCGAAAUUUUAUCAAGGCAAAGACGUGAUGGUGGUGAAUCGAAGAGUGCGCUUUUAUUGAACAUUCAUCUCUCGUUUUUUCUUCAUGAUCUGCUUUCUGUUAUGGACCGAGGUUUUGUUUUCUCUCUGAUUCGUUCCUAUAUCCGUACGCUGGCAGAAGACAAGGCACUUUAUCCAAACGAAAUACCGCACAUCACAAGUCUAAAGCUGGACUUCUUGCGCGUAAUAUGCAGUCACGAGCACUUCGUCGCGCUUAACUUGCCCUAUUCAACACCGCUAUGCAGUUCGACUGCUUCAUCACCGUCACCUUCACCAUCCGUAUCUUCUUCAAACAGCCAAUCAUCUUUUGUUUCCACUUUAGUUGGUGUGUCUAGCUCGGCACGCUUUGCCGAGCUAACAGGUGAAUUUCGCCAACAACACUUCCUCAUCGGUUUGAUCCUUUCUGAACUUGCCGCCGUCUUUGAAUUGCAAAGCCCUGCUUUGCAUGCACGGGCAGCAAAUUUAGUACGAAAUUUAUUAACAAGCCAUGAUUGGGAUCCGAGAUAUUCUGAUGCAACUUGCAAAGCCAGGGUGGCUACUUUGUACUUGCCGUUAAUUGGUGUCCUGAUUGAUGCCCUCCCACAUCUAUUUGAUUGGAACUCGGAAACCAAAGGAAGGCCUCUAGUCGAAGGAAGCAAUGAAGAACAAGACUCUUCAACGGUGAACUUCGCGGUUGCACAGGCUAUUGCUGGAAUUCCGGUAGACCAGGUGAAAGGAAAAAUAUCUGCAGAAACAACGCGUCACCUGCUGAUUUGUCUAUUGUGGGUUCUGCGCCACGUUGAAGAAGUGCCAUUGCGGAACUGGUGGUCUGAAUUAAAUCCGGCCAAACUUCAUCGCCUUUUGGAGUUGCUUUUUAUCUGCGUCUCUGGAUUUGAAUAUCGCGGUAAACGCGGUAUACUCCGUUCCAUGCAGCAACGGGGUGGUCGAACUACAGAAAUCGUCAAAUCGCGCUUAGAGGACCUCAUUCUUGGCCAAGGAUCUGCCCGCUCUGAUCUCAUCCUACGUCGUCGUGUUGGAGGAGCAGCGGUAAAUGGUAGCAGCAGCGUAGUGGGAAAUUCACAGUUCUACACGGGAAUUGCCCACGCACAACCCCCACCAGAACGAAAUCCGUCGCCCAAUCCAUCUGUAACUGUCGCUGACAAACAGACGUUGCGAUGGCGCAAAGAUACAGCAGCCUGGAAAUUGGCUAAUGAAGCAUUGGAAAAACCUCGGGUGGAUGUUGAAUUGGAUACCUACAUGGAAGGCAACCUUUCAACGCAAACCAGUCUUACCAUUCUCGAUACGUUGGAGCUUAUAGUGCAGGUAGUUUCGCAACACGAUAACUUGCAGUCGCUGCUUCCGGUAGCUCUCCGUGUUCUCCUUCACUUACUGGGAUGCUGCCAGAGCACCGCUUUACUGCAAAAUGCUUUUGCCACCCAAAGAGCACUUGUAUACAAGUUCCCAGGGCUGCUUUUUGACGAAGAAACUGAAUUGUGUGCCGACUUGUGUCUACGUCUCUUGCGACAUUGUAGCAAUAGCAUCAGCAGCAUUCGUUCUCAAGCCUCGGCAUCUUUAUAUCUUCUUAUGCGUCAAAAUUUCGAAAUUGGAAACAAUUUCGCCCGAGUAAAGAUGCAGGUUACGAUGUCCUUGAGUUCAUUAGUAGGAACCAGCGCGCAGUUUAACGAGGAAGCUCUUAGACGUUCUCUAAAAACCAUUCUGGUGUAUGCCGAGCAGGACGUAGAAUUACAAGAUACCACUUUCCCCGAACAGGUCCAAGAUUUGGUCUUUAAUUUACAUAUGAUUUUAUCGGACACGGUGAAAAUGAAAGAGUUUCAAGAAGAUCCUGAAAUGCUUCUUGAUCUUAUGUACCGUAUCGCAAAAGGCUAUCAGAAUUCGCCUGAUCUCAGACUUACCUGGUUAGCCAACAUGGCCCAAAAGCAUACCGAGCGAGGUAACCACGCUGAAGCGGCCAUGUGUCUCGUCCAUAGUGCCGCCUUGGUAUCCGAGUACCUUUGUAUGCUUGAGGACCGAAAAUACUUGCCUGUUGGAGCGGUACCGUUUGAACGUCUUUCAGCCAAUGCUGUAGAAGAGAGUGCUGUUUCGGACGAUGUACUUUGUCCAGAUGAAGAGGGAUUUUGCACUGGCAAGUACUUUACUGAAAACGGCCUUAUAGGCCUUCUAGAGCAGGCGGCUAGUUCAUUCCAACUUGGUGGAAUGUUUGAAGCUAUGAAUGAAGUUUAUAAAAUUCUUACUCCAAUCGCUGAAGCCCAUCGCGAUUUCAAGAAGUUGGCAAACAUACACAGUAAACUCUAUGAUGCCUUCACCCGUAUUGAACAACAACACGGCAAGCGAAUGUUUGGAACUUAUUUUAGGGUUGGCUUUUAUGGACCUAAGUUUGGUGACUUGGACGGAGAAGAAUUCAUCUAUAAAGAACCCACUUUAACCAAAUUGCCGGAGAUUUCCCAUCGUCUCGAGAACUUCUAUUGCGAACGAUUUGGUGCAGCGGCAGUUGUUAUGAUUAAGGAUUCGAACCCGGUGGAUGUAUCGAAACUGAACACAGAGCGCGCUUACAUUCAGAUAACUUACGUGGAGCCAUACUUUGAUGUCUCUGAACUCAGACAUCGUGUAACGGUUUUUGAAAGAAACUUCAAUAUUAAGCGAUUUAUGUACGCCACACCGUUCACUCCGGAUGGACGAGCCCACGGCGAACUUCAUGAGCAAUACAAGCGCAAAACAGUGCUAACUACCGCCAAUCAUUUUCCUUAUGUUAAAACACGGAUACAGGUCGUUGGACGUCAUCAGGUUGUGUUAACGCCUAUCGAAGUGGCUAUCGAGGAUAUACAGAAAAAAACCACUGAACUGGCAUUGGCGACCAUUCAAGAGCCACCUGACCCGAAGAUCUUGCAGAUGGUUUUACAAGGCUGCAUUGGCACUACCGUGAACCAAGGGCCAUUGGAAGUGGCAAGUGUUUUCCUGUCUGACCUUGCAGACCCAGAAAAAGUUAUAGAUAAAUUUCAACUGAAAUUGCGUCUUUGUUUCAAAGAUUUCUCAAAAAGAUGCAGUGAUGCCUUAAAAAGAAAUAAGAGUCUCAUUGGCCCAGAUCAACUGGAUUAUCAGAAGGAAUUGGAGAGAAACUAUCGGCGAUUUACAGAGCGACUUGCUCCACUGAUUAACAUGGCACCGUCAUCUCCUAACGGACUUAGUACUCGUAAUCGACGCAACCGCAGAUAAUCUCGGCCAAUGUUACCAGCAUUCUCACGCCUGUAGUACUACCCGUGACUGAUUUAUUGGUAACAGGUUUGUAAGUAGAGCAGUGUAUUAAUCCUGUUUCUACUAGUUGCUACAAGAUGAACCAUUCCUUUGCUUCAAUUCUGUUCAGCUUAUUUUAUUACUAUUUUUUGGUACUAAUAAAAAUUCCUAGAAUUACAAGAAGGUGAAUUCA